CCAUCUCCACCAUCAGGAGGAUACCAGCAGGGAGGUGCUCCACCACCACCUCCACCAUCGGGAGGGUACCAGCAGGGAGGUGCUCCACCACCAGCUCCUCCUCCACCACCUCCUCCUCCACCAUCUCAACCACCAGCAGGAGGAUACCAAUCAGCGCAGCCUCCGUCAGGUGGACCAUCACAACCACCACCACCGCCGAGCGGUGGCGGAUAUGCCGUUGCCCCUCCUUCUGGUUCAUUCCCAUCUGGUCCAUCUCCACCUGGUGAGUCCCUAAAUACUACUGUAUUACGAUUGUUCUAA